AUGGCGUGUGCCUUGAAAAGGCUCAUAAUUGCUGAAAUGAAUCAACGCAGAAAGGCGGAUCCUAAAUAUCCCGUCAUGUUCGUUUUAGUUUGUAAACGGACAUUGAGACUAAGGAUUGAAAAACAGUAUUUCACCUUGGAGGAGGCUGCUGCACGUUACUCCAUACCAGUGGAAGCAAUAGUGGAGGAAAGGAAUCGUAAUGGAAAUGCUCAUUCUUCCGAAGUGCGUAGUACCGGAAAACGUCCUGCUUCUACUGACAAUUCCGCUGAGGGGCCCUCAGCAAAAACCGCCAAGCACUAA